AUGGAUGCCAAGGUGCCAAGCAAUUAUGCCCGUAUCAAAGGGUACUCACCAUGGAUUAGAAAAGACCACUCUACACAAGGCGGGGGUGUGGCAUUCUGCUUUAAGGAGACUGUGAAUGCUCAAGUAGUAGAGCCACCCACACCCAUACCUGGGGAACUUGAGCUCUUGACAUUGAAAAUAAUCGACAGCAAUGGGAAGGGCCUAUUGUGCGUGGGUUGCUAUCGGCCUCCAUCACAGGGAACAGUGUUGCUGGACUACCUAACAUUAAACCUGGACUCUUUGAUGACUGCCAGUCAGUGUGACAGUGUAAUAGUGAUUGGCGACCUAAACCAGCACACAGUCAGGGACGCCUUUAACUCACUACUGGUUGUGCAUGACAUGCACAACUACGUCACCUUCCCCACGCACAAAUCUGGGUCAUCCCUGGACCCGGUGGUGACGGAUCUUCCUUCCCACACAGUACAGUGCUUCCCACUCGACUUUGUAGGGACCUCAGACCACGUGGCUGUAUUCACCAGAGUACAGUUCAAGACACCACGUGAGGAGAGCUUCGAACGAACCCUCUGGAGCUGGGAGGCUGCCGACUGGGAUGCCUUUCGUGCUGCACUGAGGACUACAGAGUGGGGAGGAGUGCUGCGUGGCGACGCCAACCAGCAGGUGAGGCAGCUCACCGAGCUGCUUCACAACAUGCAGGUCUGCUGGGUGCCGCACUCGGUCCAUAAAACAAAGGCAUCAGAUCAGCCUUGGUUUGGUCCUGCUUGCGUUGCCGCAUCAGAUGCCAAAUACAAAGCCUGGCGUGCUCUCAAGAGGCACCCGACGGCCAGAAACAGACUGAGGCACCGAGCGGCAACAAGGCAUAUGAAUGCCACGCAAGCAUGGGCUAUAGAGCAGUGGAGGGCAAACCUGAAAAACAAACUAAGGGGAGGCCAGGUUGGCUGCAAGCAGUGGUGGAGCCUUGUCAAAGACAAGCAGGGUGAGUCGCGGGGCACCUCCGUCCCUGCACUCCACCAGGCAGACGGCAGCUUCGCCCACAGUGCAAGUGACAAGGCAGACCUCCUGGCCAAGCACUUCGCUGAAAAGAUGUGCAUCCCCGACCCCGAAAGACCCUCUCCGCUGCUGCCUCAAAUAGUGAAAGAGACACUAGUGAAAGUGAUAACAAGUGAAGUGGAAGUGCGAGCGAUUCUCGAAAGUUUGGACGAGAACAAAGCUGUGGGGCCUCAGGACAUCAGCCCGCGCGUUCUACGCCAGUGUGCUGCUGAGCUGGCGCGCCCCUCACUUCCCUCUUCAAUCACUGCCUCGCCACCUCCACAUGGCCUGAAAUGUGGAAAGGAAGCAGUGUGGUGCCUCUUCACAAGAAGAACUCCAAGGCAGAGGCAAAAAAUUACAGACCCGUGUCCUUGCUGCCUGUGCUGA